GAACCAUGAGAAGACUACCAACAUUACUAGUCACUACAGUAAUCAGUAUGGUUGAUAUGGCAGUAAUUACUAUUUUGUUUUGCCAUGGAAACAAAUUUAAGCAUUAUUUACAACAAGGACUUUACCAUUUUUCAUUCCAAAGAUCUGUUUUUGAUUUGUUUGUUUUUGGAUUUUUACGAUUCUGUCUUACCAUGGGGCUUUCACUAUCUGGUUUUAGAUAUUCAUAUGAUUCUAUUUAUAGAAUAAGAAAAAUUAAAACUGUGAUAUUUUUAGCUUCUUUAGCAACAAGUAUAUAUACAAUUAUAAAACUACUGAUACAAUCAGAAAUUCCAGGAACAUUGACAGAUAAGUGGUUUUGGUUGAUAUUUUCCUGGACACACCUAUCUUGUUUGUGGCUGUCUCUUCAUUGCUUAUUUCUUAGUAAAAUUCACAUAAACAUUGAGGUCAAUAAUAUGAGCAUAAACAAAGAAGAUGGAGAUGCUUUAGAAAGAGAGCCUUUGAUUGGAUCCAGUGAUGAACAAAGUGACAAAUCACCAAAGACGUCUGCCAAAGUGACUAUAUUUAGACUAUUUUCUCACUCAAAGCCAGAUAUACCAUUUAUAAUCAUGGGAUUUAUAUUUUUGACCAUAUCAUCUACAGGACAGAUAUUUAUACCAUAUUACACAGGAGAAGUUGUAGACAGUAUUGUUAUAGAAAAAUCUCAGAAGAAGUUUACCCAAUCAAUCAUCAUCAUGGCAGUCAUAUCUGUUAUAAGUUCUAUUACAGCCGGUUGUCGUGGUUGGUGUCUCAGUUUAGCUAUGGCACGGUUAGGAAUCAGAGUACGGAAUAGAUUAUUUGGAUCUGUAAUAGAACAAGAAAUAGGUUUCUUUGAUACGGUAAAAACAGGGGACAUAACCUCACGUUUGACCUCUGAUACAACAGUGAUGACAGACACAGUUACCUUGAACAUGAAUAUAUUUACACGUAACCUGAUAUUAGCCGUUGGAAUCAUUGUGUUUAUGUUCAAGUUGUCAUGGAGACUAUCUUUGUUGACCUUGAUAGCAUUCCCUAUUGUGUUGGGUGUGUCUAAAGUGUAUGGGGAAUAUUACAGAGAUCUUGCCUCAAAAGUUCAGGAUGCUUUGGCAGCAGCCAAUAAUGUUGCAGAAGAAGCUUUAUCUGCUAUCAGGACAGUCAGAAGUUUUGCUAAUGAAGAUGGAGAGAAAGAUCGUUACAGAACAUCACUUCAUAAAGCCUUCAAAAUAAAUGUCAAACAAGCAAAUGUGUAUGCUGGUUAUGUCUGGUGUACACAGCUGUUUGAACUUGGUUUGACAGUAGCAGUAUUAUACUAUGGUGGUCAUCUAGUACUGACGAAGACUUUAUCUGGCGGUAACCUAGUGUCUUUCAUACUGUAUCAAAUGCAGCUAGGAAACUGUAUAGAUGAAAUGGGUGAAGUAUUCACUGGAUUGAUGCAGGCAGCAGGAGCAUCUGAAAAAGUGUUUGAAUACAUUGACAGGGAACCAGUUGUUAAAAAUACAGUCAAGGACAGAAUGGAUACAGAGUCUGUGAUUGGCCAGAGUGAAGUUGAAUCAGACAAGAUUUCUGGUCUGAUAGAAUUCAAGAAUGUUACAUUUGCAUAUCCCUCGAGACCAGAAACUACUGUGCUAAAGAACGUGUCGUUCACAGUCCAGCCUGGAGAGGUUGUUGCUUUAGUGGGACCAAGUGGAGGUGGUAAAUCUUCAUGCAUCAAUCUACUAGAACAUUAUUAUGAACCACUCACAGGACAAAUCUUACUGGACGACAAACCAGUACAGGAAUAUGAUCACAAAUUCUUACAUACCAAGAUAUCCUUAGUUGGUCAGGAACCUGUUCUGUAUGCAAGGUCAAUCAAGGAUAACAUAGGGUAUGGAUUAAGUUCAGAUAUUACCAUAGAAACAGUCCAACAAGCUGCUGGUAUGGCUAAUGCCCAUGAAUUUAUUAUGGAAAUGGAGAAACAAUAUGAAACAGAGGCUGGAGAAAAGGGACAACAGUUAUCUGGUGGCCAGAAACAAAGAAUUGCUAUCGCCAGAGCCUUAAUCAGAAAGCCAGUGGUAUUAUUACUAGAUGAAGCUACCAGUGCUUUAGAUUCGGAAUCAGAACAUCUGGUCCAACAAGCUAUCUACAAGAACCUGAAGGGAAGAUCUGUAAUCAUUAUAGCUCAUCGACUUAGUACUGUAGAGAAAGCUGACCGAAUCAUUGUUAUAGAUAAAGGCUGUGUAAUUGAGGAGGGUACACACUCUGAACUACUCAGAAAUAAUGGCAAAUAUGCUAGUCUGGUACAACGACAACUAUUACAAACGGAGGAUGAAGUAGAAGAUAGAGUUAUCUCCCAUGAUAAUGAUAGUCUUGGCGUAGGAAUUGCCAAGAGAGAUAUAGGAUUACAUUUUAGGUCUACAUGUCUAAUCACGUCUUCCAGCUGGCACUGAUUAUUGAAUUCAUGUAAAAUUCAAAUUUUUUUACAGUCUAUCAUUAACAAGAAUAGAAUCAUUAGAAUUGCGAUUUUAGAAAUUUUUCAAUAUAAAAAAGAAAAUGUGGUAUGAUUGCCAAUCAAGUUCAGGUAGAAAAUUGCUCAUUAUUUGUUUAGAAAUAAGAAAAGAAUGGUUGGGUUUUGUGCAUAAUAUCAAUUUUUAUACUACCGCAAAAAAAUUUUGCGGUCGUAUAUUGGUAUGACGUUGGCAUCGUCGUCGUCCGAAAAACACAUUGGUUUUCGCACUCUAACUUUAGUUUAAGUGAAUGGAUCUCUAUGAAAUUUUACCAUAAGGUUCAAUACCACAAAAGGAAGGUUGGGAUUGAUUUUGGGGGUUAUGGUACCAACAGUUAAGGAAUUAGGGGCCAAAAAGGGGCCAAAAAUAAGCAUUUUUGUAACUUCCAGACAUAACUUGUGUGUUAGUGUAUGGAUCUCUCUGACAUUGUACCAUAAGGUUCCAUAUCACACAGGGAAUGCUGGGAUUGAUUUUGGGGGUAAUUGCCUCAAAAUAUUUGGAAUUAGGGGCCAAAAAAGGGGCAAAAAACAAGCAUUUUUCUAGUUUCAUGACAAUAACUUGUGUGUAAGUUUAUGGAUCUUUCUGAAAUUGUACUACAAGGUUCCAUAUCACAAAGGGAAAGCUGGAAUUGAGUUUGGGGGUAAUUGCCCAAAAUUUUUAGGAAUAAGGGGCCAAAAAGGGGCCAAAAAUAAGCAUUUUUCUAGUUUCCAGACUAUAACUUGUGUUCAAGUGUAUGGAUCUCUCUGAAAUUGUACUGCAAGGUACCAUACCACAAAGGGAAGGCUGGGAUUGAGUUUGGGGUGAUGAAUCAUAAGGGGGUUCAAAAAAUUUGGGGGGGGGGGGGGGGAUUUU